CUAACUUGAUAGCAAAGCUCCUUCUCUUUGUCAGAGGACUGACUUCCGUUUUCAUGUUUGGUCCAGGUUUCUGGAAUUUACUAUCUACUGAGACUGUGAACGGACACUUUGGUUAACAGCAGCGCAGAUUUGGUGACGAGGAUCGUUAAAGUUCCUCCUUUUCAGCCUGACCAGAGUUUCGAUUCCAUUAUUCUGCUUCAUCCUUGAAAACACGACUGUUUACCUAGCUAGCUGGCUAGCAGCAGCCAGCUGAGUUAAAUAUCUUAGCAUGUUUCGGUACUUGAAUGACGUUGAUGACGACCCCUACAUGAUGGAUCCAUUUGCAGCUCACAGGCAGCAAAUGAGUCUGUUUACACCAUUUGCCAUGGACCCCUUUGCUCUUGCCCCCCAGAUGCAGCCACAUCGUGCAGCACCCCGUAGACAGGCUGGUCCUCUGACUCCCUUUGGCAUGAUGGGAAUGGGUGGUGGAUUCAUGGAUAUGUUUGGCAUGAUGGGAGAAAUGAUGGGAAACAUGGAAAGGAUGACUGGUUCACCAAACUGUCAGACAUUCUCCUCUUCAACAGUGAUCUCCUACUCGUCGUCAGAUAUAGGGGCUCCGAAAGUUUAUCAGCAAACCAGCGCAACGAGAACAGGACCUGGAGGGAUCCGCGAGACGCAUCAGUCGGUGAGGGACAGUGAGAGUGGCUUGGAGCGUCUUGCCAUUGGCCACCACAUCGGGGCUCGUGCACACAUAAUGGAGCGUUCACGGAAUCGCCGCACGGGUGACCGGGAAGAACGGCAAGACUACAUUAACCUUGAUGAAACUGAGGCUGCAGCGUUCGACGAGGAGUGGAGGAGGGGGGCAGGAAGAUACGUUCCCCCAGGCGCACGGGCACUGGACUAUGGCCGAGAUCGACGGGCAGGUGGCCAGCAGCUGGCUCUUACUGCCCCUCCUAGCUCAACAACCCCACCGGGUCAUGGACAUGAGUCCCCCAGACACCGCCAGCCCCAAACCCGCCCACGUUACGACUGGUGAGAAGGUAUCACACUUGACGAGGCGACCAGAUGAAAUGGACUUGAGGGAAGAUUUCCCCCGAUGCUGUGAACCACGUUGAAGACGGAAGUUGAUGAUUGUCACAACUGCCUGUCGUAAAUGUUUGAUAUGACUGGACUGUCUAUACGUAUAAACGACAUAUUAGUCACACAUACACACGCACGCACACACACACACACGCACACACACACACACACACACACACACACACACACACACACACACACACACACACACACACACACACUCAUCAAAACCCCUCACACUUGAUAAUAACAUUUACAGUUCAAAUGUUGCAUACAAAAACACACAAAGUGGAACCCUUGUGCAAAUUGGGUAUAACGACACUCACUUUAUAUAUACUCAUCCUCAAAAACUUUACAUGUGAUCUUUCCCACUGCACUUAAGUGCUACAUUAUACAGUACAUCUGCUGUACAGUCCAUUUUAUGUUCGUGAAGACACUAGUGUGUCGGUGAAUUGAAUUGUAUACUGUUGACUAAUUAAUCUAACUAAAUAAAAGUUCAUUAAACAUUGUUAGAUAAUUGCAAA